AACCGGUUUCGGUUAACGGCGGUCGGCGGGUUGUAUAAAACCCUAAAUUCCCAAAACCCUCUUCACCGCACCCUGUUAUUCACUUUCUGCAUAUCACUCUUUCAGUCUUUCUUUCAAAGCAAAAAUGGUUCGAAGCUUGAAAAACCCAAAGAAAGCUAAGCGGAAGAACAAGGGUUCAAAGAAAGCAGACGAGUCAUCCUCAUCAAACGCAAUACCUUCGAUGCCAGCGAAGGUGUGGCAACCAGGUGUUGAUGCUUUAGAGGAAGGAGAAGAGCUUCAGUGUGAUCCUUCAGCUUAUAAUUCUCUUCAUGCCUUCCACAUUGGCUGGCCCUGCUUAAGCUUUGACGUGGUGCGUGAUUCACUGGGAUUAGUUCGAACAGAAUUUCCCCACACUAUUUAUUGCGUCACUGGAACUCAGGCAAACAAUGCUCCAAAUUCAAUUGGAAUAUUUAAAAUAUCAAACAUUUCUGGGAAAAGACGUGAACUAGUACCAACAAAAACAUCCAAUGCUGACACCGAUAUGGACAGUGAUAGCAGUGACAGUGAUGAAGAUGAAAUUGAGAACGAAGGACCAAAGGCUCCAGUCUUUCAGGUGCGCAAAGUGUUCCAUGAAGGUUGUGUGAAUAGAAUUCGUGCAAUGGCACAACAACCCCAUAUAUGUGCCACUUGGGGAGAUACCGGUCAUGUGCAGAUAUGGGAUUUUAGCUCUCAUUUAAAUGCUUUAGCAGAAGCUGAAACAAAUGUUAGCAAGGAUGCUUCUAUAGUAUCUACUCAAACUCCUUUAGUAAAGUUUACGGGUCACAAGGAUGAAGGCUAUGCAAUUGACUGGAGUCCUCUUGUUCCUGGAAGACUUGUUUCGGGUGACUGCAAGAAUUGCAUCCACUUAUGGGAGCCAAUAUCUGACUCAACAUGGAAUGUUGAUAGCAAACCAUUUGUUGGACACACUGGUAGUGUUGAAGAUUUGCAGUGGAGCCCAACAGAGCCAUAUGUGUUUGCCUCGAGUUCUGUGGAUAAAACAAUAGCAAUAUGGGAUGCCCGUUUGGGGAAAUCACCAGCAACUUCUUUUAAAGCACAUAACACAGAUGUCAAUGUUAUUUCAUGGAACAGGUUGGCUAGUUGUAUGUUGGCAUCUGGUAGUGAUGAUGGGACAUUUUCUAUUCGUGAUCUUAGAAUGGUCAAGGAGGGUGAUUCUGUAGUGGCACAUUUUGAGUACCACAAACAUCCGAUUACAUCCAUUGAAUGGAGUCCACAUGAAGCGUCUACACUGGCAGUAUCAUCAUCUGAUAAUCAACUCACAAUAUGGGACCUCUCUUUAGAACGAGAUGAAGAAGAGGAAGCCGAGUUUAAAGCCAAAAUACAAGAGGAAGUACAUGCGCCUACAGAUUUGCCUCCACAACUUCUUUUUGUUCAUCAGGGUCAGAAAGACUUGAAAGAACUUCAUUGGCAUACACAGAUUCCAGGAAUGUUGAUUUCUACAGCUGCUGAUGGUUUUAAUAUAUUGAUGCCUUCAAAUAUUGAAACUAAUCUUCCUCCUGCUAAUGCUUGAAAACGAAGAAGGUUUCAGGCAACUUUAAAUGACCCAAAAGGGGUAAAUUUUUGCAUGGUUUAUUUACUGUUGGUGUUAUAUUUUAAGAGAGAAUACAUGAUACAUUGUAGUUUGUAUGAAGUGUUUUGGAAUUUUGAGUUAUGUGAAAAUGGGGUUGAAUGGUAAUAUUUUUAUGUAAGCAGUCUUUUUUUGGUGAUA